GAUUCUUACAAGGAUGAUAUGUAAGGCUCAAAAAGCCUCCGCCGCGCCACCACCAAACCCCAACCAAAACCACCAGUUCGAUCUCCGGCGUUUGAAAGGUUCAAAGAAUGGCCUUGAGCAGCAUCUCCAAGCUCAACUGGGCUGCAGCAACCAACAAAUCCAUCCACCACCAUUCUGAUUCUUACUUUAAAAAAAGAAUCAGAAUUGCGGCGGCGCAGUCAAGUGGCGGCGGAAUGGCGGCUGAAUAUGAGGAGGGGCAGCUCGAAAGACCGAAAUGGACUGGUGAAACUCCACUUUCUCGGCUCGUCGGAGCUCUCAUUUCCUUCAAACCUCUCUAUUCUCUUCUCAAACUUGGUGCCAGACAAGUUCUCAUCAGUACAGCUGAGAAAACAAGCAUUCCUUGGAGGGAUAUGACUAACGAGAUUUUGGAUUCCGAUGUUUACAAGGAGAAGGAUGCUAUCGAGGAUUCAUCCAUUGUUUAUCCCGAUUAUUAUCUGAAUCCAUUCCAUGCAUAUGACGAGGGAAACCUCUCUUGGCUGGCAGCAGCAGAAGCAGAGGCUGCGACAAUGUCAAUGGUGAGAAGAGCAAUACCUAAUGCUUCUUCUCUUGAUGAAGCAAAUCAAAUUGUUCGUGGAAAUUGGCUUCAAGCUAUAGAAACCCAUCAUAACCAAUAUUCAGGAUAUUCGUCAAUUCAAGACAUUUUAGAUAUCGGAUGCUCUGUUGGUGUUAGCACUAGAUUUAUUUUAGACAAAUUUCCUUCCGCCAAAGUCACUGGACUAGAUUUGUCUCCUUACUUCCUUGCUGUUGCUCAAUAUAAUGAUAAGAGAAGAAAUCAGGGAAAAGAAAAAGUCAAGUGGAUCCAUGGAAAUGGUGAAAAUACGGGUUUGCCCUCAAAAUCGUUUGACCUUGUUUCAAUUGCUUAUGUGUUUCACGAGUGCCCUGAAAGAGCAAUCAAGAAUAUGGCCAAGGAAGCAUUCCGGUUACUUAGACCUGGAGGCACUUUUGCUGUGACUGACAAUUCGCCAAAAUCAAAGAUUCUGCAGGAACUAUCACCAGUGCUGUUCACAUUGAUGAAAAGCACAGAGCCAUUCUUGGACGAAUACUACCUAACUGAUCUCGAAGCAACACUUGAGCUUGUCGGUUUUGUCAAUGUGCAGACCGUUUUGACAGAUCCUCGACACAGAACUGUCACCGCUACCGUCCCAUACUCAUAAUCAGCUUCUUUUCUUUUUUAGCAGUACUAUUACUAUUAUUCCAUACCACUGUUUUUUUUGUACAAAUAUAUUUUAUUUUACAAACACUUUCUUAGAGGUAUAAUUUUGCAACAUACAAAUUCAAUUUGCACUUUAUGAGGCCAACCUUAAUGAACUUCUCAAGCUCCCCGCUC